CUUCAUAAUGCUAUCUCCAAGCUCCCGCUCAUCUCUGCGUAUCACUCUGCUGUGCAGUGUCCUGGCUCUGCUCCUCUCAUGCCAGCGUGCAAAUGCCUGGUACAAACAGACAACUGGUCCCAGUUAUUAUUCUGUGGGCAGAGCCUCAGGACUGCUCUCUGGGAUACGACGGUCCCCUGAUAUCCGCCGGUCUGAACCAGAGAACCCAGGCGAGAGCACUGAGAACAUGGAGGGCAACUUUCUCAACAAUUUGGGGAGUCAAAGACAAGGAGCUUUGCUCAAAAGUAUGGCUAUAUGUGUGAAGGAUAUCUCACCGAACCUGCACAGCUGCGAGCUUCUCCCUGACACCUCCAGUACCUUCCAAUGCAAGGCUGAAAUUUUCCUUUCACUGGACACCUCAGACUGCCUCAGCCCCUGAUUCAAAUCCAGAGACUCUACUGUGUCCCCUCCUUGCCCCUGUGGAACCUUAAAUGUUGGGCAUGGGGGAGACCUGUGUGUAGAUUUGUACUUGAUUCUGUAUCUGCUGCAUAGAAUCCAUUUGUUCGUUUAAUAAAACUGAAGAACAAA